AUGGAUUCGGUAGUGCGACAGGUAUUGUUCGCCCUAAUAGCGAGCAUCAGCCUCGUGCAUUGCGAACCACCCCUCAACAAUCAGUAUGGAGUUCCGGGCAAUUUCGCAGGUGGAAGUCAUCAUAGCGGUGUACAGGGUGGUGGGAACGGAUUCGGGGGCCAUUAUGAUGGACACGAUAGUCAGGAUUACAUAGAUAAUGAGCCUAAGGCAUACGAGUUCGGAUACUCUGUCAAGGACCAAGCCACUGGGAACGACUUUGGCAGGCGGGAGUCGAGCGACGGCGAAACCGUGCGCGGUGAAUACAGAGUGCAGCUGCCGGAUGGUAGAACGCAAAUCGUCACUUAUACCGCAGACUGGAGGACCGGUUUCCACGCCGACGUCAGGUACGAGGGUACCGCGACUUACCAGGAUCAGUACAAUCAGCAGAAUGGCGACUAUAAUAAUGCCGGGCAAGGCUACCAGGGGAGCAACGGUUACGCCGGAGGAAACCAAGGUGGCUACAACUACCAGUCAGGUGGCGGACAUUAUAAUAACAACUACAAUUAUCAGUCGGGCUCCAAUGCUGUAGAUAGUUAUAAUAAUUUCGGCGCGAGGAACACUUACUCGGGAAUACCGUCGCCCACGUACGGUCCUGCCUUCCAUUAG